GAGAGGGCGGCGAGGGGCGGCGGAGGACGGCAGCCGCCCGGCCCGCCCGAGCGGGAGGAAGCGAUGAAUAUUCAGAGGGGGAAGGGAGGAGAGGGGGCCGAGCGCUCGGCGCGGCUCCUUGCAGCCCGAGACGCAUGACGCGCGGAGGAGGCAGAGGGAGCAGCCGGGGCCGCGCGAGCCGCGAGCCGGGCGCCACGCGCGGGGGGUGGGCGUCGUUUGCUCCGCCCCGCGAAGCCCCGGGGUGUCUAGGGCCGCGGCCGCUCCGCGCCAGGCGCGCUAGGCUCCGCCGUGUGGCCGCCGCCGCCGCCGCUGCCGCUGCCAUGUCCCCGGGGAAGCCCGGGGCGGGCGGAGCGGGGACUAGGCGGACUGGCUGGCGGAGAAGGAGGCGGAGGCGGCGGCUGGAGGCGGAGACGAGGGCGCCCGGCUUCGGGCACACGGCGGGGCGCGUCCAGGGCACGUUCCAGGGUGCGCAGGGCAUGAAGCCCGCGGCGCUGGAGACGCGGCCACCCCCGCGCUCACCCGGGCUCCGCUGGGCGCUGCUGCCGCUGCUGCUGUUGCUACGCCUGGGCCAGGUCCUGUGCACAGGUGCAGGUGCGGCUUUGAGCCCUGUAUUUGACAUUGAAGCUGUCUCUAGCCCAACCAGUGUGGAAUUAACAUGGAGGCUCAACGAUUCAGCGGUUUCAGGGUACACUUACAGAAUAGAGAAUAAGAUGGAAAAGAAUCUGACGUUUACUACUGAGAAAAACCAAAUGUCAUAUAACAUCACAGGCUUAAGUCCAGCUACUUUCUAUACAUUCUCCAUCACUCCAAUAGCAGCCAAUCAGACCUUCGGACCCACGGACAAAAAUGUCACAACAGAACCUUUGCCGGUGACUGAUCUCCGAGUUGCCUUCAUGGGUGUGACGCAGGCCCUUCUCACCUGGAGCAACACAGAUGGCUCCGCCUCCUACCGGAUGCUUCUUGAAAGCUUUGGAAACUCCUCAGAGUUGACUCUACAUUUACCCAUCAAUUUUUCAGGCCUGACGCUGGGGGCCCAGAGUAACUGUUCUUUCCCAGAAUCAAAGGAGACACAGAAUGACUUACUGGUUACAGAAGAUACCAAUGGUAGCAAGAGAAGCCCAGUGGCCAUCCUGUGCCAACUCCACAGGAACUUUCUCGACUCCGUAGACCCUUCUUCUGUCCAGGGUCCCUCCCUAGAGGUCUUGCUCACUGGGCUAAAGCCGGAUACUGACUACAGUGCCGUCGUUUACUCUCAAGCAGCAGACGGCACAGAAGGACAGCCUGGGAAUAAAGAAGUGUUUACAACAAAUUCCAGCCAGGUUUUUGACAUCAGAGCUGUGAACAUCAGUGCCACAAACAUGACCCUGACCUGGAAGAUCAAGUAUAACGAUGGGUCAUCUUUUCCCUACACCUACAAGAUACAUGUGGCUGGGGGGACUAAUUCUAUCAAUCAAACUGUCAGUAAGACUGAGGCUAUCAUCUAUGGACUCAGCUCGAGCACCUUAUACAACAUCACAGUACGUCCUUUCCUGGGUCACAUCGAGGGCACACCAGGCUUCCUCCAAGUAUAUACUUCCCCUGGUCCGGUUUCUGACUUCCGUGUGACAAAUGUCAGCACCAGGGAAAUUGGUUUGACUUGGAAAAGCAAAGACUCACAGUCAUUUAGGAUCCUUGCCAUGCAGGAGGGAAGUGAGAAGGGUAACAGUUCUACAACUGGAAGUCAGAGCUUUACCAUCAAAGAAUUAAAGCCUGGAACCACUUAUCAUUUUGAAAUAUUUCCACAAGGACCAGAUGGGACUGAAGGGCCAUCCAGAACAGUUGAUGGCAAAACUGACCGCAGUGCUGUGAUCGACAUCCAAGUGGUCAGUGUUGGCACCAGUGAGAUGCAGCUGCAGUGGGGGAACACAGACAGUGCUUCUGGGUACCACUACCACAUAGUUCUGGUGUCUGAACACAGCCCCAACAAGACCAGCAACACCACCGUUUCUCAGAAAACCGUCACACUAAAGGACCUCGCCGCAGGCACCUUAUAUAAUGUCACAAUCUCUCCAGAAUUGGACCGUGUCCUAGGUGACUCCAGCUCCAUUGCCCAGUAUACACGGCCCAGCAAUGUUUCUAACAUUGAAGUAAGCACCAACACCACUGUGGCGGUCAUCCGGUGGAAGUAUUUGGACGCAGCCCCUGCUAAGUUUUCCUGCCGCCUUAUCUUGAAGGCUGGAGAUGGUAGCAAUGUAACUAAGAUGGUCAUAGACACUGGAAUCACUUCUGUGACCAUCACUGACUUAAUCCCUGGCUCCCUUUACACAGUGGAGAUUUAUGCAAAAAUUGGGACUGUUACAGCAUUGCCUGGCUGGAAGUUGUUCUAUAUGGAACCUGCACCAGUGGCCUUCUUCCACUGUGAGAUGGUCCCCAAGGAGCCAUUUCUGGUCCUGAAGUGGCCCUGUCCCCCCGGCGUGAAUACAGGCUUCGAGCUAGGGGUCAGGAAUGACACUUGGAACUAUAUGGCAAAGCUGGAAAACUGCACUUCAGAGAAUGACACAGAAUGCAAGAAAAAAGUACCAGAUUUGACGUUUUCUACCUCGUACAACAUUAGCAUUGUCACCUUGUCAUAUGGAGGAAUGGCAGUCCCCACCCAGAGCACCUGCACCACUAGCAUCACAGACCCACCUCCUCCAGAUGAAUCCCCUAAUAUUACAUCUGUCAGUCACAAUUCAGUAAAAGUUAAGUUCAGUGGUUUUGACGCCAGCCAUGGACCUAUCAAAGCCUAUGCCAUCAUUCUCACCACUGGGGAAGCUGGCCAUCCUUCUGCAGAUGUUUUGAAGUACACAUAUGGAGAUUUCAAAAAGGGGGCCUCGGAUACUUAUGUGACUUACCUCAUAAGAGUAGAAGAGAAGGGACGCUCUCUGGGCUUGUCUGAUGUCUUGAAAUAUGAAAUCAAUGUGGGGAACCAAUCCACUACCUUCGGCUACUACAACGGGAGGCUGGAGCCUCUGGGCUCCUACCGGGUGUGUGUUGCUGGCUUCACCAAUAUUACUUACAGCCUUCAGAAUGGUGGACUCAUCAGUGGGAAUGAGAGCUAUGUUUCUUUCAGUCAGUAUUCGGAUGCUGUGUUCCUGCCUCAAGAUCCAGGUGUCAUCUGUGGAGCAGUGUUCGGAUGUAUCUUUGGUGCCCUGGCCAUUGUGGCUGUGGGAGGCUUCAUCUUCUGGAGAAAGAAAAGGAAAGAUGCCAAGAAUAAUGAAGUGUCAUUUUCUCAAAUUAAACCUAAAAGAUCCAAGUUAAUUCGAGUGGAGAAUUUUGAAGCCUACUUUAAGAAACAGCAAGCUGACUCCAACUGUGGGUUUGCAGAGGAAUACGAGGAUCUGAAGCUGAUUGGAAUAAGUCUACCUAAAUGUACAGCUGAAGUAGCUGAGAACAGGGGGAAGAAUCGCUAUAACAAUGUCCUGCCUUAUGAUACUUCUCGAGUCAAACUUUCAUUCCAGACCCAUUUGACAGAUGACUACAUCAAUGCCAACUAUAUACCUGGCUAUCAUUCCAAGAAAGAUUUCAUUGCCACACAAGGACCUUUACCCAACACUUUGAAAGAUUUUUGGCGUAUGGUUUGGGAGAAAAACGUAUAUGCCAUUGUUAUGUUGACUAAAUGUGUGGAACAGGGAAGGACCAAAUGUGAGGAAUACUGGCCUUCCAAGCAGGCUCAGGAUUAUGGGGACAUAACUGUGGCAAUGACCUCAGAGGUUGUUCUUCCGGAAUGGACCGUCAGAGAUUUCGUGGUGAAAAAUAUGCAGACAAGUGAGAGUCAUCCUCUGCGACAGUUCCACUUCACCUCCUGGCCUGACCAUGGUGUUCCUGACACCACCGACCUGCUCAUCAACUUUCGUUACUUGGUCCGAGACUACAUGAAGCAGAUACCUCCUGAAUCACCAAUCCUGGUGCACUGCAGUGCUGGGGUCGGAAGGACAGGCACGUUCAUUGCUAUCGAUCGUCUGAUCUAUCAGAUAGAGAAUGAGAACACUGUGGAUGUGUACGGUAUCGUCUAUGAUCUUCGGAUGCACAGGCCUCUGAUGGUACAGACAGAGGACCAGUAUGUGUUCCUCAAUCAGUGUGUUUUGGAUAUUAUCAGAGCCCAGAAAGACUCAAAAGUUGAUCUCAUCUAUCAGAACACAACCGCAAUGACAAUCUAUGAAAACCUCGAGCCAGUGAGCAUGUUUGGAAAGACUAACGGUUACAUCGCCUAGUUCCAAAGCAAACGCUUUCCGUCACACCCACAGUGAAGGAAAAUGCCCUGAUGUGGACAUGUGUUUAUAUGUCUCAGUUCUCAGUUCUUUGUUCUGUUCUGUUAGAACUAACUACCUUGGAGGGCAUGAGGCUGUGCGUGUAAAACAUGGCAGACAGGGAGUUAGGGCUGUCAGGAGCUAUGGACAGGUGAUGUAUCAACCAGCUGCAUUCCUGAUUACCCAUGUGUUGGCUUCACUUUUUUUCCCCUUGAGAAUUGUGGAAAAACCAGGAAAAGUGAGCUACAAUUUUAUUUUUCUUUUCCAAACAGAUUCGUUUUCUCUCUUUCUCACUUUCUCUCUUCUCUUCUCUUCUCUUCUCUUCUCUUCUCUCUCUCUCUCUCUCUCUCUCUCUCUCUCUCUGUCUCAUUUUUUUUAGGACUUUUCUGUGAUUCACAUGCUAAAGUCAGGCUUGUGUUGGGUUGGAUAUAUUUUAAGUAUCAGAGGUCUAUUUUUACCUACUGUAUCUUGGAAUCUAGCUGAUGGAAAUACAUGACUGUGGGUGUUUACCAUGCAGGGAGGGGCACGCGGGGCCUUUUCUGCCUGGGUUUCUAUUUGAACAUGUGCCUUUUUUGAAUUAUGCUUCCACAGGCAAAACUCAGUAGAUAUCUCUAUUUUUAUAUUGAAUCUCAUAAUUGGAGUAUACAGAAUAUUUAAAUGGUAACUUAGUAUCAGAGGUUUGCCUUCUCAGUAACAUUCCUGUUCUCAUUUGAUUAGAGGAGGCUUUCUCUGUGACCCAUUUUUCGCAUAGAUUUGUAUUCCAUUGUUUUUCUUUUUUUCCCUCCCAGUUUUCUUCAAAGACUUCUGUUGGUGACAUUUUCAUCCCAUCGCUUGGUUGAGAAUAGAAAUUUAAAAUAUCACCACGAUACUCUCUGUGGGGUGGGGUGGGGUGGGGUGGGGUGGGGUUGGGAGAGAGAGAAAUUGUCAUACCACGGCAUACACCCCUUCCCACCCCGUCUUCUACUUUCUCUCAUUUCCGUCUUUGGUAAGAAGGAUUAUUUAAAGGUGCAAUAUGUGACUUAGUGGUUCACGAUGCUCUGGGUUUUUAGUAAUGUUUUACUCAGGUUGGCAUUUUACAUAUGUCUGUGUUUAUGUGUGUGUGUGUGUCUGUGUGUGUGUGUCUGUGUGUGUGUGUGUGUUUUAUAGCAUGAUGAUCUGUGAACAUUUCAGUGUGAACUCAGAUUAACCCCCUUUUCCCCUGAAGUCCACUGGCUUUAGACUCUAUCUGCAGUGACACACAUCAGUAUCUACUGUAUAUAUAAAUACUAAACUCUUACACCAGUCAUUCCUAUGAAUUGAGGUGUACAAAGUUUGAUUUGUAUCAAAGAUGUAAUUAUUAUUUUUAAAACCUCUUUUCACUACACUGCUGCUGUAAUUACUUUGAGUUUUAAAGAAAAUGUAGAUUCUUGUUUUGCUUCAGGUGUGUAUUCACCAAGAAUUUUAGAAUUUAUGAGGAUUAUUUUAUUGGUACAUAAUCUGUAAACUUCUCAAGGCAUUAACAUGGCAAGAUUUGUGUCUUUUAUUUUAUAUUGUGGCUCAGGUUAUAUUUGAGGAAGUUUUGAGUUUAUUCUCUAGUAGGCAAUGAAGUAUAUAAGGUCUUAUGAAGGAAUCACAAGUCCCUGGAGCCCUGGGGCUGUUUUCUGCUGGAUGUCAUGUUUGUGACAAUGGUCUCCUGUUGAAGAUGAGAGUGGGUCUUCUCCGAGGUCCUGGCCACUGUGGGCCCCGGAGUAGCCUUCUGGCAUUCUGUACUCUGCACUUCACUCAGCAGCACUUUGAUGACUGUGUGUACAUGAUCAUGAGUAUUUGAGGGUCAUAGAGGGUGAACCAUGGUGCACUUAAAACCCUUGGUGUGAUCAGAGUUCCAGUGCUGUAUGUGUUCUGCCGCCUUUCCUUCCAGGUACUGAGAGAAUUGAAAGGAGGGCUCAGAAUGUCGUCGUGCUUUGGGGGAGAAUUUUGCUUCUCAAACGGAAACUGCACUUUUUGCCAACUUCUUUGCGUUUUAAUGUCCAUUUACUGUCAGGUCUUUCAAGGAAAGGACUGGCCAGGGCGGGUUGGGCCCCUUGACUCCACCUCACCGGGUACUUUGACAUUGCAGUUGUGAAUCAGGGAAGCCUUGCUGCCCUAAGGUGUGAAGGAGUGAAGCUGAAUGUGGACUUAUUAUCCCCAAAUCCCAUUUAAUCUGACCCCUAGCAUGUGCUGACUCUGGGGUGCUAUACAGAUGGACCUGUCUGGUGAUAGUUCUGUGCACCACCACCCGACCUGCUCAGUGUGUUAGGAACCACUGUAGUGAAUAGUAGGGGGUCAAAUCUGGUGCAGUGCCUGAGCCUUGCCUCGACUGCCAUAGGAAAGGCGGAGGAAAGGACUUGCCCCAGCAAAGUCCUGUAAAAGAUUGGAGUCUCUUAAAAAAUGAAAGCAACAUAAUUAUAAACAUACUGUAUAAAAACACAGAAAUCUUCUCUGCUUCUGCCUGUGUGGAUCUAGAAAGUCCUUAGGCCCCAACCCCAGCAAGCCACUCUCACAUGUUAUUCCCAGGCCCAGGGGAAAAAGCUAGUUAGUGGCAGAGAGAUGGAGAGUUCCAAAUAAACAGGUUACACGAAGGUCACCAUGCCAUUCUACAUCCGGAGGAGGACUGUGUGGUGGGGUUUGCCUAGCACAGUCAGUGGAAAGGGAAGAGUAGCAUGUUGGUAAGAAGAUCAUGUGACAGAAGCUGAGGCUGGUCAGAGGUGAGGGGAGAGUACUUCUCUCUGUAUGCCCCCAGCUCUCAAUGGAACUGGGAACCAGAAUUUGAAGAGUGGCGGAAUUGGAAUGAUGGAGCUCCCUGCUCAGAUGUAAUGGCUCCACAGAGCAAAACAGCUGGUGUAGGACUCACCGUCAGUGAAAGGGCCACAGACUAGUGGCCAGCUGCCGUGCAGGACGUGGGCCAUUGAUGUCUUCUAAGACAGAGACUUUUCCUCCAGAGCUGAAUCUAGUGAAUGGGCAGCAGAAGGACAUUUGGUGUCUGUUCUCUGAGGCCACUUUGUGAUCUCCAGCUAGACUUUGGCACGUGGACCCUCUGGAUUUGUGUUUUGUGAAGUUGGAGGCUCUGGGGGGUGGGAGUGGGGAGGAGGUAGGGAAGGGUCAACUAUGCAUUCAUACUUGCUUUUCUGGGAUGGAGAAGCCCAGUCUUUUGUAAUGCUUGAUUGCAGUUUGUGCUUGUUGAGCUAAACAAGCCUGCUGACGGAAGUUGAUUCACCUCAAAACAAAGUCAGAAUUCUGUGUUUUCAGACUACCAUGUAGCAACUGUGUGUUUAACGACUAGCGUUUUCUCCCUGGGGCACAGAAGUGUUGAUGCGGACUUUAAACCGCACUUUUCUUGUAACUAUUGUGGGAUAAUGCACAUUUCUAUGUCUGCUAUACUUGGCCAGAGUAUUGCUGUUGGUUGCUUUUUCUUUAAAGGAAAAAAAAAAUGGCCUGCAAAAACUUUUUUAAAGACUUACAAAUACCAAAUAUAAAAUAUGUCAACACAUUA